GGGACCCGCGGCGCACGCAGUCGGGAUAUUCGGCUGCAGCCGCGAAGCCGGGGGCCAAGAGUCGGAGCAGGAGCGGCGGCCGGGAUCGCAGCCCGCCGGGCCCGCCGCAACCAUGGGAAACCGCGGCAUGGAAGACCUCAUCCCGCUAGUUAACCGGUUACAGGACGCCUUCUCCGCCAUCGGCCAGAACGCGGACCUCGACCUGCCGCAGAUCGCCGUGGUUGGCGGCCAGAGCGCCGGCAAGAGCUCGGUGCUGGAGAAUUUCGUGGGCAGGGACUUCUUGCCCCGAGGAUCUGGCAUCGUCACCCGGCGUCCUCUGGUCCUGCAGCUGGUUAAUUCUACCACAGAAUAUGCUGAGUUCCUGCACUGCAAGGGGAAGAAAUUCACCGACUUCGAGGAGGUGCGCCUGGAGAUCGAGGCUGAGACCGACCGAGUCACCGGCACCAACAAGGGCAUUUCGCCAGUGCCCAUAAACCUGCGGGUCUACUCACCCCAUGUGCUGAACCUGACUCUAGUGGACCUGCCAGGAAUGACCAAAGUCCCAGUUGGGGACCAGCCUCCUGACAUCGAGUUCCAGAUCCGGGACAUGCUUAUGCAGUUCGUCACUAAGGAGAACUGCCUUAUCCUGGCUGUGUCCCCUGCCAACUCGGACCUGGCCAACUCUGAUGCCCUCAAGAUCGCCAAGGAGGUAGACCCCCAGGGCCAGCGCACCAUUGGGGUCAUCACCAAGUUGGACCUGAUGGACGAGGGCACAGAUGCUCGGGAUGUGCUGGAGAACAAGCUGCUUCCUCUGCGCAGAGGCUACAUUGGCGUGGUGAACCGGAGCCAGAAGGACAUAGACGGGAAAAAGGACAUCACGGCCGCCUUGGCUGCCGAGCGCAAGUUCUUCCUCUCCCACCCAUCCUACCGCCACCUGGCUGACCGCAUGGGCACGCCCUACCUGCAGAAGGUCCUCAACCAGCAACUGACCAACCACAUCCGAGACACACUGCCGGGACUUCGGAACAAGCUGCAGAGCCAGCUGCUGUCCAUUGAGAAGGAAGUGGACGAGUACAAGAACUUCCGACCGGAUGACCCCGCACGCAAGACCAAGGCCCUGCUGCAAAUGGUCCAGCAGUUUGCAGUGGACUUCGAGAAGCGCAUCGAGGGUUCUGGAGACCAGAUCGACACUUAUGAACUGUCAGGUGGAGCCCGUAUAAACCGGAUCUUCCAUGAACGCUUCCCUUUUGAGCUGGUUAAGAUGGAGUUUGAUGAGAAGGAACUGCGAAGGGAGAUAAGCUAUGCUAUCAAGAACAUCCACGGCAUCAGAACGGGGCUGUUUACCCCAGACAUGGCAUUUGAAACCAUCGUGAAAAAGCAGGUGAAGAAGACCCGAGAACCGUGUCUCAAGUGUGUGGACAUGGUUAUCUCGGAGCUAACCAGCACGGUUAGACAGUGCACCAAGAAGCUUCAGCAAUACCCGCGUCUUGGGGAGGAGAUGGAACGAAUUGUGACCACCCACAUCCGGGAACGUGAGGGGCGCACCAAGGAGCAGGUCAUGCUUCUCAUCGAUAUUGAGCUGGCUUACAUGAAUACCAACCAUGAAGACUUCAUAGGCUUUGCCAAUGCUCAGCAGAGAAGCAACCAGAUGAACAAGAAGAAGACUUCAGGGAACCAGGAUGAGAUUCUGGUCAUUCGAAAGGGGUGGCUGACCAUCAACAACAUUGGCAUCAUGAAGGGAGGCUCCAAGGAGUACUGGUUUGUGCUGACUGCUGAGAAUCUGUCCUGGUACAAGGACGAUGAGGAGAAAGAAAAGAAGUAUAUGCUGUCUGUGGACAAUCUGAAGCUGCGUGAUGUGGAGAAGGGCUUCAUGUCAAGCAAGCAUAUUUUUGCCCUCUUCAACACAGAGCAGAGGAAUGUCUACAAGGAUUACCGGCAGCUGGAACUGGCCUGUGAGACACAGGAGGAGGUGGACAGUUGGAAGGCUUCCUUCCUGAGGGCUGGCGUGUACCCUGAGCGUGUUGGGGACAAGGAGAAAGCCAGUGAGACGGAGGAGAACGGCUCUGAUGGCUUCAUGCACUCGAUGGACCCUCAGUUGGAGCGCCAGGUGGAGACCAUUCGGAACCUGGUAGACUCGUACAUGGCCAUUGUCAACAAGACCGUGCGGGACCUCAUGCCCAAGACCAUCAUGCACCUUAUGAUCAACAAUACCAAGGAGUUUAUCUUCUCUGAGCUGCUGGCCAACCUGUACUCUUGCGGGGACCAGAACACACUGAUGGAAGAAUCGGCCGAGCAGGCUCAGCGGCGCGACGAGAUGCUGCGUAUGUACCACGCACUGAAGGAGGCGCUCAGCAUUAUCGGCGACAUCAACACGACCACCGUCAGCACGCCCAUGCCCCCGCCCGUGGACGACUCCUGGCUGCAGGUGCAGAGCGUACCGGCCGGACGCAGAUCGCCCACGUCCAGCCCCACGCCGCAGCGCCGAGCCCCCGCCGUGCCCCCAGCCCGGCCCGGGUCGCGGGGCCCUGCUCCUGGGCCUCCGCCUGCUGGAUCCGCCCUGGGGGGGGCGCCCCCCGUGCCCUCCAGGCCGGGGGCUUCCCCUGACCCCUUUGGCCCCCCUCCCCAGGUGCCCUCGCGCCCCAACCGCGCCCCGCCUGGGGUCCCCAGAAUCACUAUCAGUGACCCCUGAGGAGUGUCAGCCACGGUAGGUUAUGCUCUCAGCCUGCUGCAUGAAGUGUGUCUGCCCCCUCCCUCCCCGCUGCACCAGCUCCAUGCUGAGGACACCUGGGAGAUCUGAGCCAGGCCCCUCCUUCUCCUGCAGCUCUAGACCCCCUCUUCCUGUCUUCUUCCAGCUGGCUCUCUCACCUCCCUUCCCAGUGAGCCUCGGGACUCAGCGCCACUACUCCAGGCCUUCUUGCUUAAACUGAGGGCUCUUGGGACAGGUUCCAUACCAAAGAUGGUAGAUGUGGGUGCUCUGUGGAGCUGUCCGUGACACCAGACCACUGUUGACAGUGUAGAGACUAAGAACUUGGAGAGGGUGACUUUGGCUGGCCUUGGAGGGACCAGAAGCUUUAGGGCGUCAUCUUCAUACCUACUCUGAACUAUGCUGCCAAGAUAGAGCUUUCUACUUUCAACUUAGGAGCACAGGCAACUAAAUCCACCACAGGGCAAGCAUAACCAUGUUGGCAGAGCCAGGGCUGACUGAUGACUUUAGAUCACUUAAGAGCCAUUCUGCCAGCCCCUGAGGGCUCCCAGGCAAGGUGAGGAGGACAGGUAGCCCCUUUCCAUUCAUCCUUGACAUUGCACACCUGUAGUUAACAGCCACCUCCUCAGCCCCAGAUACAGAGCCAGCCCAUCAGCUCCUGUAUUUGACCUGUUUUCAGAGUGACCUGUGCCUUUUAGCCAAAAGCACUUUGGUGUCUACUGACUGGGCGAGUCAACUUGAGUUCUGCCUGGCUGGCCACAGAUCUCUCAGUUACCAUCCCAACUCUUCCCCAGCCAUUGACGCUCACCCUUCUGCUUUUCCCCAGCAGGAAGGGCCCAGCCUCACCUACGCGACCUGCAGCCCCCCGACCAGCGGAGGCUCCCCUCUUAGACUUAUAAGUCUGUGGCCACAGGCUUCGGCUGCCUGCCUCCCAGCCUUCCCAGGGUCCCCUCAGAGGACUCCUGGGCUUUCUGACCACCUGAGGGGCCUCCAGCGCUCCCUCCAGAGCCGUCCCCUUUAGCUUCCAUCUCCUGGUUCAAGCACUUCUGGCCUCAUGGCUGUUACAUGGGACUCCCUGAGGCUUGGGGUAGCCCUGAGCCAGUGAGAUGGGAGAGAGUGAGCAGAAAAGAGGGAGGCCCUGUGGUGCAUUGCCUGGGUGGUGUGUGAGAGGCCGUGUGUGUGGCAAGAGAGGGCCACCCAGCCUCUACCCAGACUACCUGCUAGUUAUGGCCCAGCACCCCCAUCUUCCCUUUUUCAUUCAUCAACUGUCCAUCUCUUUCGGGAAGCUUGCCCACAUCCACACCUGCCUCAUCAUCCCCUCUGCCUCUGCUGGAGGCGGCUGCUCUUGCCUUACCAGCUCUCCUUCCUUUUCUCUCUUUGGUUCUCUCUUGGCUUUCUCUCCAACUGCCAGCCGAUCGGGUCAGGCAAGUCCGUCCCGUCCUGAGAGCCCCAGGCCCCCCUUCGACCUCUAACCAGAUCCCUCCUACUCCUCGGAGACCUCCCUUACCAAGCCUGCCUGGACAGCUGUUCUGUGACUUGACAGUGGCUCCCCCAGCCCCAAAACGUCCUAUUCAUCAUCUGUGACUUAGUCUGUUGUAGUGCUGAGCUGACACAUCCAGAUGUGAUGUUGGUGAAAACUUGUGCCCUCUGUGGUAUUGCUCCUGCGACAUUCUAUAAAUGUCUAUAAAUAUACCUAUAUAUACAUACAUAUACAUACAUAUACAUAUAUAUGGCUGACACGGCUUCGCCUGUAGUGUCAGAAUCAACCGCCAUGCUGUCCUUGUGGAGUCUUGUGGUCCGACUACAAGGGAACGCUGUCAUCCUGACAUCCCCCCUUCCAAUGUGCCACCUCAGUGAGCCUCCCUGUCCUCCUGGCCUGUGGACAGCCAGCCCCUUGGCCGUCCCCACCCUGAAGCAAGGGGAUGGCCACCAGUCUUUCUGUCUCUCGGCUGAGAAUAAAACCCAUUUCUGGAUAGUGGGGAA